AUGCCAAGCGGAUUAGGAAAACGAAAGGCGCCUCCCGCCGAAGAGGACGUGGUGGACGCCCAAGAAGCCCUCAGACGGCACUUUGAGGCUCGAUUCAAGAUGCCCGCUGGCAUCGCCCCAUGCGCCGCUCCACCAUCCAAGAGACAGGCCCGCGAUGAGGAUGAGGAUGACGAAGAAGAAGAAGAAGAAGAAGAAGACGACAGCGACUUUGACAGCGACGAAUCCGAUGCCGAAUCCUGGGAUGGUGUCUCUAGCGAAGAGGAAGAGGAAGACGGUACGCCGACCUGUCACAACCGCAUUUGGCAAGACCACCAAGUGCUAACCAGAGGCGUAGCAGACUCGGAAGAAAAAGGAGAAUCCCACGUCGUAGAGGUGGUCGACUACAGUCAAGACCCUUCCUCAACCGCGAUAACCUCCCUCAUGAGCAAAAAAGAGCUCAAAGCCUACCUCGUACGUCUUUUCCACACAUCUGCGGCACAGUCCGACACCCCCAACCCAAAAAAGAAAAAGGCCGACGAGUCCCAAGCCGAAGACAGCGCCGCCUUUCUGGCGAACGAUCUCGCCCUCCAGCGCCUCAUCGCCGAGUCCCACAUCCUCUCCGCCGCCGGCGGCAACGCCUCCCACUGGCAGUCCAGCGCCGCCGCAGAAACCGCCGCCAACACGCGCGCCUUCGCCGCCGGGCGCACCGCGAAGAAGACUACCGAUAUGAGAUUCCAGGCGCUGGGGGCCAAGGACAGCAUCUUGGGUCAGGCUAAGAUGCCCAUGGCGAUGAGGAAGGGGAUUGUGAGCCAUGCCGCGGCGAAGGAGGCCAAACGGAGAAAAGAGGCAAAGGAGAAUGGGAUUGUGCUGGAGAGGGAGGUGAAGAAGAGCAAACCAUCGAGGGGGAGGAGAGGUGGUGGGAGAGGGGAGCCAAGGGAGGUGGGAGCACCGGGGGUAGGGAGGAUGAAGGGGGCCACGCUGAGGAUUAGUGCAAGGGAGGCGGAGGUGUUGAAUAGACCCGGUCCUGCGAGGAGGGGAGGAGGACGGGGUGGGAGAGGGGGGAGGAGAUGA